ACAGCAUCAAAUUACAAAAUUAAAAAUGGCGCGUUGUAGGCAAAGAGAAGAAGAAGGAGAACGGAAUGAGCUGACAGCGCACUGUGGGCAUGCUUGGUCACACUGUGCGGGCGCAUAGUUUACCACAGCCCGCCUCCGUAAAGGAAACAACGUUUAUAAGGUUUUUGUGCUUGUGCCGUAAUUUAACGAAGUCAAAACGAGAAAACAAUAAAAACCCGACGCAGCCAGCAAAACAACAACAACAGCAGCAGCAUCGCUAGCUGCCUCUAUGUGUGGGUGUGAGAGAGAGUGUGCUCAUUAAAAGCCGAGCACUCAGCUUUAUGCCUACAAAUCUGUGUGAGUGCGCGUGUGUGUGUGUACUACUUAUAUUGUUGUGUGUUAUAUUUGUUUAUGUUUUGCGACGAACGAGCGAACGAACUAGGAAACGAACAAGCGAACGAAGGAACGAACGAAUGAGCGAGCUCAGCGAACGGAGGCUGCGCGCGCUCCUUGUCACCUGCCUGUUCUAAGUGGUUGGCCAUGGAGAGCGAGAUGGCGAGCGGCGAAUUUGAUAACAUGGCGAAGGCCAGAGCGAGAUAGUUUUUAACAGACGGCGACAUGUUAAAACGAUUAACAUUAACAUAAUUAUGCUAAUGCGGUCGCCUCAAAGCGGGCAGUAUUUAAAUUUGCAAAUAAUUUCGUAAUUAGCUUGAAAUUGAAAUCAUUUCUUAGGCGCAGUCACAUACACAAACUUACUAACACACACACACACGUGCACUGAGAGAGUCGCACACACCCACACACACAUACACACAAGCAAACAGCGACAUUAGCUCGAGUGCAGCGAAUGAAGCUGUUGCUGCUUGCUCGCAGGAUAAAAGCCAAGGGACGCUGCCUGCACUUCCGCAGUCGCUGGCCAAACGCGCAGCUCGCAAGUCAAAAAUCAAAUAUUCAUUUCAAUUUUUUUUUUCCUUCUCUUGGAUGCCAUAAAUCGUGUGCAGUUUUACAAAAAUAACUGUGUGUGUUUUCUAUAGGCAUAAUACUAUUUUUUUUUCAAGUACUCAAAUUGUGACAUACGAUUCUAAAAGAAGUGCUAAAAUUGUUAAUUAAUUAAUGGCUGGGCCAUUCAUAUCGCCGCUACCGGGCGAUCUGCUCACCGAAUACAUGUUCGGACGUCGUCGACAGCGUCGCAAUCGAACCACGUUCACGCCACAGCAGCUCCAGGAGCUAGAGGCUCUCUUCCAGAAGACCCACUAUCCGGAUGUCUUUCUGCGCGAGGAAGUCGCGUUGCGCAUCAGCCUCAGCGAGGCGCGCGUCCAGGUUUGGUUUCAGAAUAGACGCGCCAAAUGGCGCAAGCAGGCGCGUCUGCAGCUGCUGCAGGAUGCUUGGCGGAUGCGUUGCCUCAGCCUGGGCACGCCGCCAGUUAUAGCCGGAGCUGGAGCUGGAGCCGGCAGCCGGCCGCCCAGUGCCACGUCAGGCAGUGGCAACAAUCAAAUGCCGGAGAAUCUGUCGUCGGCGGGCAAUGUGACUGGAGCUGGAAAGGAUGGGCUGGGCAAUGAGACGGGGGUUGGCGAUGUGCCGCUGACCAAUGGACAAAGUGCUGCGGCCAAUUUCACAAUGAUGCAUCCGGCAUUCCAGCAGCAGCAGCAGCAGCAACAUCAACAACAGCAGCAAUCGCCGCUUGGACAGUCGGAGCAUGAGAAGCUUUCGAAAACCUACACAGAACUGAAGCUCUACAAGGAGACGACCUCGCAUGGCGUUUCGCAAUUGGAUUUGGGCGGCAUGGCAGCGUUGGCACCCACCUCUGAUGAGGGCUCUGAUGGCUCCGAUUCCGAGGAAAUAGAUCUCACCUCGGGCGCCUGCAUUGAUUUCUCACACAGCACCAAAUUACAACAACAACAACAGCAACAAGCAGCGGCAGCCGCGGCUUUGGCUGCCACACAGUCACAGAGUUCGAAUGGCGUGCAUUAACCAGCAUUUCUGUUUAUAUCUACAAUUCCUCUCAUUUGAUUUAGAAAUACAAAUGCAAUUUAAACAUAAACGAAACAAGUUCAACUUCUUAUUUGAAUUCAAAUGUGCGCGCCGAUUAUC